AUGUGGCGUUCUGCGGCCCAAGAACCGGGAACGACGACGGGCUUUGAUGGCGUGAGAGUGAGCCCGGAGGUCAAAGCGGCGGAUAUGAACAAGGACCCGCACCGCAACCUGAGAAAGGCUCCCCAGAAGCAUGGAUACCGCAGGUACAAAAUUGGCCCCCAGCGCCAGGGCCAGUGCACGUUUGCGUUGAAGAACACGUUGUACAUAGAGACGGUAGAGGCGCAAAACUUUCUGCUCGCCUCGCCCAUGAUGAAUCGUCCCCGAGUCCCCGAGUCCCCGAGUCCCUUUUCCCCUGCGCCUGUCUACCUGCAGCGGAGCUUGAACCGUGCCCCUGGGCCCCCACUGGCACCCAUCGGCCCCCAAUUGACAUUGACAUGCAUUGGCAUGCAGAAGGACAUGGACAAAGCAGCCGAAUCCUUCAGCCUCAUGAUAUCUGCAUAA